UCAACGACUUUUUCUGGUGACAAGUUAAAUUUUUGAAUUUUUUAUAAAAAUAAAAACAAAACUACGCAAAACAAAUUUAAUUAAACUGCGGUUAUUUAAAAAAUGUUAUAUAUCCUAAAGUUUUAUCAAUUAAAAAAUGUGGUUGCAUUGCAACAAGUGCGGUGUACGUAGAUCAGAAGAUAAAACCGUCAAAUUUUUCAUACUAGUCUGCUCCCAUGUGCUGUGUGAAGAAUGUAAUCUUGCCAAAACAUGUCCCAUACAUAACCGUUUAUCCAAAGGAAUUGAAAUCAGUGCCUCAAUGCCGAAAAAUAUGAGAAUAUUGGUAGAAGAGCCAAAUAAAUUACUUGAAUCAUGGAAGAAAUGCAUAAGAUUUCAAUUUGAACAACGUUCUCUAGUUGAGGCCCAAGAAUAUGAUCAAGUUAUUCAGAAUACUCGAAAAAUAAAAGAAGAGAUAGCUGUGUUAACUAAAUAUAAGGAAGCUGCUCUAAAGAAUAUCGAGAAAGAAAAUAAGUGUAUAAACAAAAUGAAAGCUUACUACGUAAAAUUGUUGCGGAAAGAACGAUCCGAAGAGCUUGCUCAAUCGGGAUCUACAUUGUCGACUUCACAGUUGAGCUUGAACACCACCAGUUCAUUGGGCGAGUCAGGUGUCGAUAUGAACUUUGAUGACUCCAACUCCAGCAACUAAGGACCACCUUAGGAUAGAUGACUAUGAUUAGAAUUAAGACAAAAAUAUGUUUUUCUCAUUUACUUUUAUUUAUGAUGUUGAAGAUUCAAAUUAAUUGUUUUUGUUAUUUUUUUUUCCAACGAAGAACUAUUAACUCCUCAUAUCUUUAUUUCAAAGGUUUUACAGACAAACUAAAUAAAUAAAUAUGAUUCACUCUG